AUGCCACCCGCAGUAAGGAUUCGUCCUUAUAAGGACUUUUUAACUCCAGCCUUGCACAGAAGAUUUGCUUUGGCAACCGCUGUCUUAGCAGCAGUAUGUUACGUCGAAGCGGUAUGGAUUGGGGAAUGGAAUUCAUUCCUUUGGUCAUGGUUUCCUUUGGGUAGAGCUGGCAUCCGAACCGGCCUCUUCUUCAUCUGCGCAUUUAUGAUAUUCAUCCUUCGAGUAGCCCAAUUACACGUAGGAAUCAGAACCUCAAACUCGAGCUUCCACACCUUUACACAAUAUGCGCCCAGAUAUCAGACGGUCCAGACAGCACUUUGGUAUCUCUUUUCAGCGUGGUUUUUCAGCGAGAUAUACGUUUGGUCGGUUUCUGAGAGCGCAGGUCUUAAUCGCAUCAAGCUUGCAGCAAAAACAAGUCGACCGAUAUUGAACGAGAAACCUAUAUAUCUGACCGUCUUCCUUUUAUUUAAUGCUCUCGUCCAAGCCGGAUUCCACCUUUGGUACGACUAUGAUCGCAUCGACAUUCCACUUACGAAGACUGGGCCAGAAGUUUCAUCUGAGCAACCUUCGCACACAACCGUACUGCCAAUGAUACAAUUGAAAGCGAAGGCAAUGCCUCUGGCCAUUCAGUGUCUUAAGCGUAUUUCUAUAAUGGCAGUGGUAUCUCCAUUUAUCUAUUCUAUGAACAUCAGCCUUCCCAUCCCAUUUAUCUUACCGAUUUACACUUUCAAUAUCAGAGAGAGCGUUUGGGGUUUUACUCGGUCAUUUGCAAAGAUUUUCUGGAAUUUGCCCAAGGCUGCCACUCCUCCGAAUGAGUUACCCUUUCACUGGACCAUGGUUCUUAGGACGAUCAUUGCCGGGCUAAUGCUUACGCUAUUGUGGGAAUUUGGAAAUCUUGCUUUCUCUAUUUACGUAGCGCAAGCGCCUUUGAAGAACGACAGACCAAUUACCUACGAAUCUCGAGAUCCAAAUGGAAGUUUGUUAACUGGAUUAAAGGGUAAAAAGUUACAAACAAGAGCAUUCGCAUUUUGGGAACUCGUAGAAAUUGCUCAGCGAUACCAAGGAAGGCGGAAAGCCAUCUUUGAAGACAUUGACCGCGUUGGCGGUUCAGCUUGGUCUCAAAUCCUUGCGACAUGCCUUGAAACCGUUAAUGAAAUCAACCAGCGUAUCGAGGAAUAUGAUCCUAAAAAACAAGCACCCGUGAUCAAUGUGUACGAGGAGCAGGGAACCCCAGAAACAAUAUCGUCACUCCCUCGUUUACUAACCGAAUCGCUCAAGGAUGAACCAAGGGGCGGUCUCGUUGAGAAAUCCGAACCAGCAGAGUCAAGAAGCAGGCGUUAUUUAGAAGCUGUAGGCUCAUUUGCAAAGAGCCAGGGAGAAUUAUCACCACCUGAUAAGAUGUCUCGUCGCCGCCAGUUGAAGGACGACAAGAAGAGUGCAGCAAUCAAAGCCGCACUUCCCCCAAAGUUCCAACAGCCCGAAGGACUUCAGAACAUUUUACGGGAGCAGGCGAUCAUAAUCCUCAAGCUACCGUUCGGAAAACCAUUCAGGCAGGAGUAUCGAAAGGAGAUUGCAAGCGUAGUACUGGGAACACCACAUGGCGAUUUAGGUAUCAUCAUUGAUGCUAUCGACUCGAUAACCAGGUUUGCUGUGUGUAGUCUUGUUGAGGAUAAAUAUGGAAAAGUACAGAAGGACAUCAAGGAUAUCGUGGAGACAUAUACAAAGACAAUUUUCCAGGUGCAAGAUUUUAGGACCGGAUUGGGGGCUCAUUGGACCGACGUAGAAGGGAGACAGGAGAGUCCCGAGGUUGAUCUGCUCCUCGCCGUCCUCAAAAGCGGACUUCGAGAGCUAGUUGAUGCAUUUGGAGACUAUAGUGUAGAGUUGAAAAUAAACCAGACUGCGUUAAGGGCAGCAAGAGAAGCCAUGAAUAUGGCUCCUCCGAGACAGGAGGAUAUGGAGCAAAGGCGUCGUUGA